AUGGCAACACAACCAACUGCCGGCGGCGUUCAGCCCACCGAAGAGCCUAUUACCUGUCCUGCUCACUUGGACGGUGUCGCCUACCUCUACGGCCAUCCUCUCCUCAACUCUCUCUCCCCACCUCUGCACCAGACCAUCUACAAUGCCCUGGGAUUGAACUGGACUCAAAUCCCCUUGUCCAGCGUGACAGGCACCUCCGCUACCUAUCCUCCUCCUUACACAAAAUCCCCACCGAUUGAGAAAUACCUGGCCACUAUCCGCGCCAACCCCAAAUUCGUCGGCUCGUCCGUCACCAUGCCCUGGAAGGUCAGCAUCAUGCCUCACCUGGACGACCUGACCGAGGAUGCCCGCCAAGCCGGCGCUUGCAACACCAUCUUCCUGCGCAAGGAAGCCAACGGCGAGACAAGCUACGUUGGCACAAACACCGACUGCAUCGGUAUCCGCGAAGCCCUGGUGCAGAACCGCCCCGAGGGCACCGAGGACCCUUACCGCGGCAAGCCCGCCUUGAUCAUUGGAGGCGGCGGCACUGCACGAACAGCCGUCUACGUGAUGCGCAAGUGGUUGGGUGCUAGCAAGAUCUACAUCGUCAACCGGGACCGUGCGGAGAUCGAAGCCAUCGUCAAGGAGGACCAGGAACGGAACCCCUCUGCCGACAAGGCUGAGCUCAUCCCUGUCUACAGCCCCGCCGAGGUAGCUCAGUUGGAGGCCCCCGCUGCCAUUGUGUCGGGUAUUCCUAACUAUCCGCCCAAGUCGCCCGAGGAGAUCACCGCCCGUGAAACCAUUACGGCUUUCUUCAACUUGUCGUCUAGCACCACGCCCAAGGGUGCCAUCCUGGAGAUGUGCUACCACCCCGUGCCGUGGACUGAGAUUGCAGAGCUGGCUUCAUCAGCAGGAUGGAAGGUUAUUCUGGGGUCGGAGGCCUUGAUCUGGCAAGGGUUGGAGCAGUCUCGCCUGUGGACAGGACGGGAUCUUAUUGGAACACCGGGGCUGGUUCAACGGGUGAAGGAUGUGGUGACCAAUUCCAUUGCUGAGCGGGCGCCCAAGUCGAACUUGUAA